AUGGGUCACAGGGAGGAGAAAAAUGCUCGGAGGUCUGUCCCUCAGUUCGGAGGAUGGGAUCAAAAUGGCCCAGAUCCUACAAACUACACCGUGGUGUUCACCCAAGCUCGUGCUAACAGGAAGCAAAACAAGACAGACUUGACUGAGUUCAAGCGCAACAGCCUGGGGAAUGAACAGGAAUUCUUGGCUGCUCAUUCUCAACAUGGUCAUCAUCAACAAGACGAUUCUGUCAUGAGGAAAAAGACGAUUCUGACCUACAUAAAUUGCUGUAUUAGGCCUUGA